AUGGCGGAAGGGGGAGUAACACCUCAACAUUCCCUCAAACCACCGCCGAGAAAACAGUUACCUGAUGUGCCUCAAAGACCUUCAGUCACAGAUUUGGUCAGAGCACCUUCAACUUCUAUCCCAAGGGUUCCAUCACGAUCUGCUCCACCCAUUCCUGGGGGUAGUGCACCACCAAAGCCCCCCGACCCAGGGGGUAGGGUUCCUCCAAAGCCACCAUCUAAACCACCUGCCUCCACUUUGCCUGGCUCACAACCUGUGCCUUUGAGGGGGGAUAGCUCCAGAUUAAAAUCGGAUCAGACGAAGAUACCACCAAGGCCUGCCUCUACAUCUGGUGAUAAAACAACAACAAAAAGACGUCCAGAGAUUACCAUCAUUUGUGCGAGACCAAUGAGCGAAGUUGGCUUCCGAGACCAGUCAAAUAAUUCAAACUCGUCAACAAGCUCUAACCAAUCAAAGCCACCAACAGAGGUACCUCCUCGUACCGACAAAAAAGAUGAUUCAUCCCCGCCAAGUGGCAGACCUCCUCGACUUCCUCCACAGAUACCUAGUCGGCUUCCUCCUCCAUCUAGCAGCUCCAUUCACGGCCCUCCUCCUUCACCACGCCCGAGGGUGGCAGCGAGGAAUUCAUCAUCAAUAUCUGAUGAAACACUCUCAUCAAACCCGGAGCAAACAAUGAAAUCUGAUGAGACAAUACAAAGGGAGGAACCCAUUGUUCCAUUAAAACCAAUAUCACUAUCAAAUUCACAAGGGGACAUAACUUCUGAUAAUGUCACAGUUCAAACACAAUUUAAAAAGCCACUUCGUCCUACAAUAAUUCGACCACAGAAGAAAGUUUCUGUGCCUAAUUCUAAGGAGGAGGAAUCUCCAAGAUCAAAAGUAGCGACAUCUGGUGUUAAGGAACAAAAUAUCAAGGGAGAUAACAUAGAUACAGAGAACUCCGAAAAAUCAAGUGUACCUCCUGUGUUGAGGCCUAAACCAGCUGCCAGAGAGAGGCCUAAGUCCAUGUCAAUAGCUGAUAGUGUGAAACGGUUUGAAACUAAGACAGACACUCACUUCAGUAUGUCUGUAACAGCUGGAAAUAAACCCCCCCCUCCACUGACUCCAAAACCUAAACCGAAUGUUCUCCCUAAACCAAACAAGAUCAAUCAUACCUCAUCUUCAUCAGUAUCCUCUACACCAACAUCAGCUGUUGUGUCUCCUGUUGAUACGUCAGAACAGUUACCGGUCGACCAACAACAAAACCAGGACAUAAAUGUGACAAAAACAGCGGAUGAAAGUUUGAAACCAGUAAUGCCGGCUACAAAGGCUUCAAAACGGCCAACAAUAAUCCGUGCACCACCUAAACCCAAACGAUCCAUCCUUAACUCCACCGGGGAUGAGGAGGAGGAUUUAGACAUUGUGAAAGAAGAUAAGAAAGUAGAGGAGAGUUUGAAUGUUGUUGAGAGGAGACAUUGCGUGAAAUCAACAGCUGAUGAUUGUCUAGUCAAUAAAAGCAAUAAAGCACCACCUCUCCCAAAGAAGCGUCCUGUUUCUAUAGCAUCAAUUCCAGAUGGUUUUAGUCUUCAAGGUAAUGUUCAAGGUGAAGAGAGCAAUCAAGUUAUAAAUGUCGACCAGUUUAGACCUAAACCAGCAACACGAGCAAAUGUAACCUCUGAGGAAAAAAAAAGUGAUGGAGUUACUCGCCCUAAGAUCAUUGGACGACCUCCUCCACCAAGUGUAAAAACAAAUCAGGAUUCUGAUGGAAAAAAGCCAAGUAGACCUGUUGCACCUGCUUCAAGACCUAAAUCAGCCGUGUACAAUCUCGAUUCCCAGGAGGACAUUUCUGACUGUUCGUCACCAUCCCAGGGGGAUCACCUGCCUCCUAGACCCACAAGUUUUGACCCUAGACCAAGGACCAAACCAGAAUCUUCAAAGCCUCCUGUUGGCCGACCUCCUCCACCUCAACCAAGAGAGAUGAAGACAUUACCAGUGGAUUAUGAUGGGACAGUCAAGGUAAAGGAAACAGGAGAAGGAAAACCACCUACCAGCAUGGCGCCAACGCGUCCUCCUCCAGCAGCAUCUUCUAGUAUAGGAAACUCCAGGGGUGGCGACAAACCAGAAAAACCACAGCCACCCAGACCUGCCUCUAUGAGAAAAACAAGUAUGCCACAGCCACUUGCCCCUGGAGAGCCGUUCUCCCCACCCAGCCUUCCACCACGCCCCACUCCCGGCCAUCCACUGUACCACUACAUGGCUGGGGUGCCUCAUGGGGUAGCACUGCAUGAUUUUGAUGGAGUGCAUGAAGGGGAUCUUUCUUUCAAAGCUGCAGAUACAGUGCUAUUGGUAGGCCGCAUGGACGAGUCCUGGCUACAGGGUAGAGUUGGCAAUCGAGAGGGCAUUUUCCCAGCUGAGUUUAUACAAAUUGUAAUACCUCUGUCUGACCAGUCACCUGCCAUUGGCCCAGAUAGAACUGCUGAGCCUAUUCAAGCUUGGGGAGAUGACAAUUACGAGAAAGUGGAUUCACAAUCGCUAAAGAAACCUGAUUUAAUUGGUCAAGGCCCCAGAUGUUGUGCUAGGUUUGACUUUGAUGGUGAAGGAGAAAAGGACCUCCAGUUUGAAGAAGGAGAUUAUAUUCGUUUGCUGGAGAAAUUAGGUGAUGAAUGGGCUGAAGGAGAGAUCAAUGGACGUACAGGGAUUUUCCCAUUGGUGUAUGUAGAAAUUAUAGAGGAUCUUCCAUUAAAGAAAACCGAAGAAACACCACAGAUAUCUGAAGUUUCUGGAAAUUUAUCAAGUCCUAUCUCAGCAGAAUCCAAACCACAAUCACCAGAAGAGUUUCCAGUUUCCAUAGUGAUGUACAACUUUGAUGGAUCUGAUCCAGGAGACCUUCCUUUAAAAGUUGGUGACAAGGUGAAAGUCAUUGGCAUUGUGAACGAGGAAUGGUUAUACGGGCAAGUUCAAGAACAAUGUGGACAAUUCCCAGCAAGUUUUAUUGAUCCUGUGCCGAAAGAUCUGACUCCAUAUCACCCAGAAGUGAAAACUGUAACACAAAAUACUACAAAUGAAAAUCUGGCUGGACAGGAGAGUGAUCUCCCCUUGGACACUUACUGUGUUGCUCUUCAUGCAUUCAGUGGUGAAGGAGAUGAUGAGUUGAGUUUUUCUGAAGGUGAUAGAAUACUGAUAUUGGAAAAUCUGGGUCCAGAUUGGUGUAGAGGAACCAUCAAUAACAAAACAGGAAUGUUUCCAUCCAAUUUUGUAGAGAAAGUGCAGCAACUUCCAGGUUACCCUCUGCCAGAAACACCUUCGGAUGUUAAACUUCCUGUACAGUAUGGAAGAGCCAUGUACGACUUUGAUGCAGAAGGAUCCAAUGAGCUUAAACUACAGGUUGGAGAUCGUGUUCUCCUGGGUGAACAUGUUGCGGAAGCUUUAGACUGGAGGUGGGGAGAGAUCGCUGGUCAUCGUGGAAUUUUUCCUGCGGCAUUUGUGGAGCCAGAAUGAGACAAGAAUGAUCUGCCCAGCAUAGUCAUCCAUUUAAUUUGUGAUGUUUUUUGUAGCCAUUCUUUUUACUGUAUUUUCAUACAGGAAGGUCAAAGACAUGACACACAUAUGAUUAACUGUGACAAAAUGAGUGUGGUUUGAUCUUUUUCAGGGUUGCAUGUUGCAUUUUAAACACAA